AGAAUCGAAAGCUAAAAACUCCAGCUUUUCUCCUGUGCGCGCUCGAGCUUUCCUCACUCAAUUUCCAGAGACCACGAGCACCAAAGAGUCACCAACCACCACUCUGGCCACACAUGUCCAGCACCAUCUCUGCCUCAACUGCGCAAGGUCAGCCCCCGGAUCAUGUGGGAUGGGUACCACCUCCACGCGGCCGCGGCACGAUUAAUAUCCUAUGGAGCUGCCUGUCGGUGCUUCUGAUUUGCUCGUACAAAUGCCUGCAUUUGAACAUAGCCGCCGCCGACGAGCUCGAAGCCGGAUGGCAUAAAGUUUUUGGAAUUCCCUAUUGGCCGGAGCGGCCCAAGCUCCGGUGUCUGUUGCGCAAGUUCAAGUGGAUGGUUGUCAUCAUCCUUGCACCAGAGAUUGGCGUCGGCAUGGCUGCCACCCAGUAUUUCGAGGCCCGGCAGGACGUGGCAGAGGCUGCAGACGAGGCCCCGGAUUUCGCCUUGUGGCUCAGCUCCAGGGACAGGCUGACGGCUGACCUUGGGGCUGAGCCUGUUUAUGACAACAUAGACGCUCCUGUCGGGCCCCUCAAGGAGGGGUUUACCCUCACGCACGCCUUCUACGCCAGGAUGGGUGGCAUUGUGCUCUUGCAAACCGUAACCGAUGCAGAAGGGCGAGCCGCAGUUCGCAAGACAAGGAUAACUAAGCUGAAAGACUACGCAAUUUUCCUUCGCAAAUGUAGUCCAGCGAGGAGACAGGAUUUCCUUUUAAGCGAAACGGAAAUCCAGGCAAUGGGCAAGUCGGACGCGUUGACCAAAGCAUUCGCAGUUUGGCAAGCCUUGUAUUUGGUCCUGGACUGCGCUGCACGCACGGUAGCCGACCUGCCGAUCUCUCCCCUCGAGCUCUCAGCCGCAGGCUACGUCCUUGCCGCCGCCGUCAUGUAUGGAUUCUGGUGGCUCAAGCCCCAAGAUGUAGGCCACAUCACCGUCCUUCGCCACGUAGAAACGAUGGACCGGAACAUCACCGAUGCUUCUACGCCCAUCGUCACAUCAACUCGUCGAGAGAAGCACAUGAGCUUUGGCGAUCUGCUCAGCUUUCUCCUACCGGACAAAUCAUUCAAAGUUACCUUCACUUUCCACAUUAUCGCUGCCAGCUUUGGCGGCGUGCACGUUGCCGCGUGGUAUUGGGACUUUGGUUCGGACACCAUCGUAACGGCUUGGAGGGUGUCUUCGAUAGUAUCCACGACUAUGCCACUAGCCACUGUUGCUGGUGGCUGGUUUGGAUAUGCUUUGGAUAACCUUCCGGACCCGGAUGGUACCGUGGCCAAGAUUUCGAGGUUCAUUACAUCUAUUCUUUACCUCCUUUUGAUUAUGGCAAGUCCCAUAAGCUACGCAGCAGCUCGGCUUUGUCUUGUUGUUCUAUCAUUCUAUUCAUUGGCAUCGAUGCCUGAGGCCCUUUAUAAGACAGUGGCGUGGACCGAUUAUCUGCCGUUCAUUUCUUGAGGGGCUUACACAUCUCAGAUGUUGACACUUAAUUUAGAUAUAUACCAUAGUGUCAAAGAGAAUAGUUUCGUCCAAAGUUGCCGAAAUAUC